UUCACACGUCAAAUUAAUCUUAUAUUGGGCAUUUGUUCUCUCUAAUUGGGAGGGGGGCAAUAAAUUAGUGGAAUUAAGUAUAUAUACUUUCAUAUAAAUAUAUAUAAAUGAAUUAUAAUAUAUACUAAUUAUAUAGAAGAUAUUAAUUAUAACAAUCAAUAAAGCCCUCUUUGGGCUCUUAUUAUUAAUCACCUAAUUAUAAUUUCUCUGAGUUUUUUCAUUCUUCAAAUAAUGGUUUCUGCUGAAGUUGCUCGAACUUUUGUUGGUAUAUUAGGAAACAUCAUUACACUCUUUUUCUUCUUGUCCCCAAUGCCAACAAUGAUAGAUAUAUGGAGAAAAGGUUCAGUGGAGCAAUACUCAGCAACACCAUACCUCGCAACCCUAAUGAAUUGUUUGUUGUGUAGCCUAUAUGGGCUACCAAUGGUGCAACCCGAAAGAUUUCUUGUACUGACUAUCAAUGCGACAGGGAUUUUGAUCGAAUUUUGCUUCAUCUUAUUUUACUUUCUUUUCUCAGACAAGAAAACUAGAAUUAAAUUGCUUGUGGUAGUGGUCUUGGAGCUCAUUUUUACUUUCAUUUUUACAUUUUUGGUUUUAAACCUUGUUCAUACUCAUGCUAAAAGGUCACUCAUAGUUGGCAUUGCUUGUGUCUUCAUCAACAUUUUGAUGUAUUCUGCACCUUUGACCAUCAUGAAAAUGGUGAUUAGGACAAAAAGUGUGGAAUACAUGCCAUUCUUUCUGUCUGUUGCGUCUGUUGUGAAUGGUAGUGUUUGGGUUGCUUAUUCUCUCAUUCGAUUUGAUAUCAUAAUUUUGAUAUCAUGUGGGUUGGGCUUAUUACUUGGGCUGGCCCAGUUGACACUUUAUGGUUUAUUCUACAAGUCCACAAAGAAAAUUAUGGAAGCAAGGAAAGGGAAGGAGGUUGAUUUAUCAAAAGUGGUUGUAGUGGAUGAAGUACUUGAACUUCAAUGUAAAACAAGAACCCAACAAGGACAACAAUAAUAGGGUUGCCAUCUAAAUUGCUUAUCAAAAAUGGCCCCAAAACUACUUGAAAUGGAGAGAAAGAGAAGUGAUGUUUUGAGAUAUAAAAUUUAGGGAAAUUCUACAAUGCACCCCCUUAAAAUGGAUACAUUGAUGCACUCUUAUCUGUUUUAGCACCGGAAAUAAUUUUUUAGUCAAAUUUUUUCUCAUGGUCAUGUACGUUAUAGUUAUUUAAGACAUCCUGCAAAAUUUUAAGAAAUUUGGAAAAGUUUAACACGCCAAAAAAUACGUUCAAACAGUGUGUUGCACGCGUGAUUAUUUUAUUUUAUACGCGUGUAAAAUAGACUGUUUGAACAUUAUUUUCUAUAUUGUAAAUUAUUCUGAAUUUCUCAAAAUUUUGUAGGUUAUCUUAAAUAGCUAUAACGUACAUGAAUAUGAAAAAAAAUUAGAUUAAAAAAUUCUUUCGGAUGCUGAAACAAGUCAAGGGUGCAUCAGUACAUCCCUUUUAAGGGAGUGCAUUGUAGAAUCACCCUAAAAUUUAUUACUAAAAUAAUAGUAAUUUACGGCAUAAAUACUUAAGUUUAAUUCUCAGUUGCAAAUAAAUACUUAAGUUUAAUUCUCAGUUGCAAAUAAAUACUUAAGUUUAAUUUUUAGCGGUAAUAUACCUAAGUUAUAUUUCUGGAACUUUGUAAGUACCCCGACAGUUACAUGUCAAGUUAUUAUCCACGUAUCAUUUUUUUAUUUGUAUAUUUAAUUUAUUUUUUUUAAUAUAAAAAUAAAAAUUUAUGACUUAGACCAAUCAGGAA